ACGAGCGUCCUAGCCCGUUCAGUAGACCAGGCUGGAGUCUUCACCCUGGGCAGUAGCUGAGCCACAACACACGUCUCUGCUCUUAUUUCGUGUCACAGUUUCUGUAUACUUUCUGGAGGCAUUCUAAACUUAAUGUCUGUAACUGCAAACAUGGGAUCGUGUAUUUUUAGCAUCUUGUUGUUUUUUGUCUUCGGAUAUUCGAUUGUAGAAUGUAAGGUUAAAUUGGUCACAGUGUUAUACCGCCAUGGAGACCGUUCUCCUGUCAAAGCCUAUCCAACAGACCCAUACCAGGAGAGCGCAUGGCCACAGGGUUUUGGACAGCUUUCUCAGGAAGGUAUGCAGCAGCAUUUUGAACUAGGCCAGUUUCUGAGAAAACGCUACACAGGUUUCCUGAGCGAAAACUAUACGCGUUCUGAGAUUGUUGUACGGAGCACAGAUUACGAUCGCACUCUGAUGAGUGCAGCCUCAAAUCUUGCUGGUCUUUACCCACCCAAUGGCUCACAGGUGUUUCAUCCAGGUUUGGCCUGGCAGCCUAUACCAAUACACACAGUCCCCCAAGAUGAGGAAAAGCUGCUGUUAUUUCCUAUUCCAAACUGCCCACGCUACCAAGUGCUUAUGAAUGAAACAGAAAGGACGGAAAUUUUCCUAAAUAUGACCAAGACUUACAAAGAUUUCCUGGAGAUGGUAUGGAAUAAAACUGGGCUGAAGUCAACGUCCCUUGAGAUGAUAUGGAGUAUCUAUGAUACACUUUUCUGUGAGAAGAAGCAUGGCCUGUUCCCUCCAGCCUGGGUGACUCCAGAUGUGAUGAACACACUGAAGCUGCUGAAAAACUUUGGUUUCCAGAUCAUGUUUGGUGUCUAUAAAAGAGAGGAGAAAUGCCGGCUACAAGGAGGUGUCUUGCUGGAUCAGAUUAUUAAGAACCUAUCAGCUGCUGCCUUUUUACAUUUAAAUCAGCAGCUGAAGAUGAUCAUGUAUUCUGCGCAUGACACAACCAUUGUAGCGCUUCAGGAGGCACUUAAUGUGUAUAAUGGAUUACAGCCACCAUAUGCUUCCUGUCACAUAUUUGAACUGCAUCAGGAUCAGAAUGGAUCAUACUCUGUGGCAAUGUUUUAUCGUAAUGAUAGCACUGCAACUGAGCCAUACGAUUUAACUUUACCUGGUUGUGCCCGGCUGUGCCCCCUGGAAGACUUCAUUAGACUCACAAAUUCGGUCAUUCCAACAGAUUGGCACAAGGAGUGCCAGAUCAGCUCAUCUUCAAGUGAUAAAGAUGUGAUUUUUGGGCUGGCUGCCUGUGGCUUCAUUCUUCUACUCCUCGUUGUAGUGUUGUUUGUCGUGUUGUGCCGUCAAAGCAAGCUGGUCAUUGGUUAUAGCCACAUUAUCAACCAGAGUGAUCACUCCUGACAGUCAUACCAGUUCCUGAGCAACCCAGAGUUAUCAGACAGCGAGGGCCUAUAAAAAGCCAGUGACACACACAUACAGUACACGCACACACAUCUGCAGGGGCUAUAUACAACCAAAUAGGCUAUAAUGGAUAAUUUUUAGUAACCAAAAAAUUACACUUUGUGUUACAUGAAAAAUGUGAUAUUUAUAUAUUGCAUUAUAUUUUACUUGUAUCCUAUUUUUUCCUGAUUUUCUUAUUAAAUUAUUCUUAGACAUUUUCAUGACAGCUACAGUGCCUUGCAAGUAUUCAUACCCACUGAACCUUUCCACAUUUUAUCAUGUUACAACCACAAACAAAAAUUUAUUUUUUGGGGAUUUUAUAUGAUAGACCAUUAGUGAACAAACAGCAUCAUGAAGACCAAGGAACACAUCAGACAAGUAAGGGAUAAAAUUGUGGAGAGGUUUAACACAGGUUUAGGUUAUGAAACAAUAUCCCAAGACUGAACAUCUCACAGAGCACUGUACAGACAUAUGAAAAUAGAAAAAGAAUUAUACAACCUCAAACCUAACAAGAAAUUUCUGUGCACUUACACUGACAGGCUGGGCAAGGAGAGCAUUAAUGAAGCACAAAGAGGCCUAUGGUAACUUUGGAGGAUACUGAAAAAUUGCGGUUCACAGACACUAUCCAAUCUGACUGAGCUUGAGUAAAAAUUUCACUCCAGAUGUGCAAAGCUGGUAGAGACAUAGCCCAAAAGACUUGCAGCUGUAAUUGCAGCGAAAGGUGGUUCUACAAAGUAUGGAUUUGGGGGAGGACUAAAUGCAAAUGCACUCCACACUUUUCAAAUAUUUAUUUGUAAAAAAUUUUGGACCAUGUUUAUAAUUUUUUUCUAACACUUCACAAUUGUGGCACUUUGUGCUGGCCUAUCACAUAAAAUCCCAAUAAAAUAAAUUUUUGGCUGUGGUUGUAAUGUGACAGAAUGUGGAAAGUUUCAGUGGGUAUGAAUACUUUUGAAAUGCACUGUAUCACCCAUGGAGGGUGCAGUCUAUCACCUGCUUCCUCUAGGCUUGUAAAGCCAGCUACUACCUCUGUACAAACUGAUACUUUUGCAAGUUCACUGAUAUCCUGUCUGUUUGAGCCCUCAUCUUCUUAAUCUAUUACACUAAUGUGGCUACAAGUUUUAAUUGUUUUGAAAAAGCACUUGAUGUCUGGCCAGAUUUAACUUCUAUGACUAUUUACAUCCUCUCAUUAUCAUCUCAUUUUUCUCUCUAAAUAUUGUAUAGUAAUUUCACUAUGGGUCAGAUGUUUUGCGGUUUAAACAAAUUUGAUCAGGAAAAACUGUCAUUUUAUAAUGAAAAUAAUAUUUUAGAUAAUAUUUUAGACCACAUAUACAUAUAUGGUAAAUGUGUUUCAAAUUUAAGAGACAUUUUGGACAUUAAAAAUGAAGCCCUGACUGUGUUGUCCCCACAUAUGGGUUACAAACCUACCAUUAACAAUCUCCAAGGUUGAUCAUCAUUAAGUGUAUUUUCAGGCUUAAGUGUAUUUUCAAGCUAAACAGCAUUGUAAUACAGAUGAUUUUGUAUAUUUAUAAAUGUUUGGUGAUCAGUAUGUGAAUUUUAAACUGGUUUUCUGAAGACCAGUAAUUGUAAUUUUUAUUGAAAAUGAAUGUUAGAUCAAUGGGAUCAAUUACAGUCUAUAACAUUGGUACUCUUUUGAUUUUCAUUGCAUUUUGAUUUAAACUUUUAAAUGACAGUUGUUUUGUAAAUAAAUCAUUCAAAUAAC